UUCGAAGGAAGGACAAAACAACCAGACUUUGUUGUUUCGGUUAUACACCAACUUCAAACGGUUGCUGAUACUGUUAUAGGAGAGGUCAGCCCCCCGGCUCAAAAAGCAAAUGUUUAUAAAAACUGUAAUGAUCUGAUUCGACUUGGUGUAUUCAUGAAAGACUGUGUGGAUUUUGCUAUAGACAGGGGUGCUGAAAUCAAUGUAAUUGGUUUCCAAUGUGUCGACCAUACGGUCGACUUUUAUGCGACUAAUCUUGUUAAUGGGAUGUAUGUUAUGGUCCAUAUUGGACAAACUACUGUUCCAGUAUCGUUAAAAGAGAUGCUAUCCUUUGUCGAUGAUAUAGAAAUAUUUUUAGGUAUAAGGGAAGUUUUUAUAAAAUCAUUUGACACAUUUUAUGAUAAGAUUCGCAAUCCUAGUUUACCAUCAAAAAACGCAAAAUUUAAACGGGAUACCCUUGCCACACCAAAAUUCAACAAGCUUGUCAGCAGAACGCGAGACUGCCACAGAAGCUGUCCAUUCUGGUAUGGACGUUUUAAAUAAUUGAUAAAAUUUUCAGCAACCAGUAUAUUUAUUACAUGUAUUAUUAUUUUUUCUGAAACAAUAAAUAAGAAUAAAUUAUAAUUGUGUUACUUUUAUAAUGAACAUAU